GAUAAAAUCUGAAUAUAACAUAUACAUAUAUAUACGGUUGCAAGUACUUCAGCCAUUUCAACAAAGAGGUCAAAAGGGAAGAAACUAAGGAGGAGAAAAGAAAAAGCAAUGGCCAAUUCAUCUACUCCACCACCAAACAACCAGGAAAUGGAAGAUGAUGAUCAACAAGUUGAAGAAACUGUGGAAGCUGGGGAACAAGUUGAAGAAAUUAGCAAUGUAGAUGAAGAAGAGGAAGAAGAAGAAGAGGAGAUGGAACCUGAGGAACAACAAGAUGCAGCUGAAGAAAUCAUGCCAGAUUGGGUUAAUUCGUUGCUGAGGAGAAAAUUCUUUGGAGUUUGCUUGUAUCAUGCGGUCCACCAAAAAAAUGAGCUGAACAAGUACUGCAUCACUUGUGAUGCUGAAGCUUGUAGGUAUUGCUUGUCAUCUGGUUUCCAUGAUGAGCAUGAAGUUCUCAAGAUCUAUCGCCAUGUCUACCAAGAUGUUGUGCCCUUUGAUGAGAUGGAUGACCAUUUUGACUGCGAAAGAGUCCAGCCAUACAAGUGCAACAAGAAAUGGGUUGUUUCAUUGCAUCCUCUCCCACACUGUGGAUCAGGAGCACAAUAUGAAGCUGAGGCAUCCUGUGAUACCUGCCAGAGAAAGUUAGGUGACCCUGAACAGUACCGCUUCUGCUGCAUUUCUUGCAAGGAGCAGGGGAGAGAGACCUCCAUUUUUAUUGCAGAGUCGACGUAUAGUGGACUUGAUGAUGGUCACAAGAAAGAAGACUAG